GCUAUAAAAUGAAGGAACUUACUGUAACCAGUACACAGUCUUUACUUGGAGUUCCUUUUGUGAACUCCUUAACAGAAACUACAGUAAAACUAAUGCUUUAAUCAGUGAGAACACAGAGCGAUAACGCUGUCGGCUUUUCCUUUCACUUGGCGAGCUGAAAACCGCGAGCUGAACCAUGGCAGGAGACGGGUCAGAUCAGCGGGCGCUGCAGUAUGAACAAACUCUUAUGUAUGGGCGUUACACCCAGGAGCUCGGGGUGUAUGCCAAAGAGGAGGCUGCUCGGUUGAGGGAGAGCGGGCAGAGGCGAUCAGUCCGCGAUCGAAGCCGGACAUUGGACCUGCUGGAAUACGACAAGGGCCGCUGUGCCAAGUGUCGGAUCUGCACGGUUCGCUGUCAGAAGUUCCUGAUCUCGCGUGUCGGCGAGGACUGGAUCUUCCUCAUCCUGCUGGGACUCCUCAUGGCCCUGGUCAGCUGGGUGGUUGACUUCUGCAUCGCCAUCUGCCUACAAGCACAGAAGUGGAUGUACGGUGGUCUGGACAGUAAUGUGUUCCUGCAGUACCUGGCCUGGGUCACCUACCCCGUUGUCCUCAUCACCUUUUCCGCAGGCUUCACUCAGAUCCUUGCUCCACAGGCUGUUGGUUCAGGUAUUCCAGAGAUGAAGACCAUCCUGCGUGGAGUCGUCCUGAAAGAAUACCUCACCUUCAAAACUUUUGUGGCCAAAGUCAUCGGCCUCACCUGUGCCCUGGGCAGUGGCAUGCCACUGGGCAAAGAGGGUCCCUUUGUGCACAUCGCCAGUCUGUGUGCAGCUCUCCUCAGCAAGUUUAUGUCUCUGUUUGGAGGAAUCUAUGAGAACGAGUCAAGGAACAUAGAGAUGCUGGCAGCAGCCUGUGCCGUGGGAGUUGGUUGCUGUUUCGCUGCCCCCAUAGGAGGUGUGCUGUUCAGUAUUGAAGUAACUUCCACAUUCUUUGCUGUGAGGAACUAUUGGAGGGGUUUCUUUGCUGCCACUUUCAGUGCCUUCAUCUUCAGGGUGUUAGCUGUUUGGAACAGAGAUGAAGAGACCAUCACAGCCCUGUUUAAAACCCGCUUCCGAUUAGACUUUCCCUUUGACCUCCAGGAGCUUCCUGCCUUCGCUGUCAUUGGUAUUGCCAGUGGUUUCGGUGGGGCUUUGUUUGUCUACCUGAACCGACUCAUUGUCCAGUUCAUGAGGAAACAGAAGGUCAUCAACAAAUUUCUAAUGAAAAAACGUCUGCUGUACCCAGCACUGGUCACUUUAGUCCUUUCUACCCUCACAUUUCCUCCUGGCUUUGGACAGUUUAUGGCUGGAAAACUGACUCAGAAAGAGGCUUUGGUGACAUUACUGGACAACCGAACCUGGGCCAAACAGGGCAUCGCUGAGGAGUUCGACUACAUUGGAAAUGCACAAGCCUGGAGGCACCCGCAAGUCAACGUCUUUGUCACGCUGGUCCUCUUCAUUGUAAUGAAGUUCUGGAUGUCUGCCUUGGCCAUCACCAUCCCAGUGCCCUCCGGAGCCUUCAUGCCAGUAUUUGUCAUUGGGGCAGCCUUUGGUCGUCUGGUUGGAGAAAGCAUGGCCGCCUGGUUCCCUGAUGGCAUUCACACAGAUGGUACCAUCUACCCCAUAGUGCCAGGAGGCUAUGCUGUUGUGGGUGCUGCAGCCUUGUCGGGAGCAGUCACCCACACAGUUUCUACCGCAGUCAUCGUGUUUGAGCUGACUGGCCAGAUCUCCCACAUCCUGCCGGUGAUGAUAGCAGUGAUCUUAGCCAAUGCCGUGGCCCAGUCCCUGCAGCCCUCCCUCUACGACUCCAUCAUCAGGAUCAAGAAGCUUCCCUACCUCCCGGAGCUGGGCUGGGGUCAUCACGAGAAGUACAAUAUUCGUGUAGAGGACAUUAUGGUACGCGACGUGCGGUACAUCACACUCAACUGCUGCUACAGAGACCUGCAUAACGUGCUGCUGACGGGCCAGCUCAAAACCCUUGCACUGGUGGAAUCAGCUGAGUCAAUGAUCCUGCUGGGUUCCAUCGAGCGUGCCCAGCUCCAGUCGCUGCUCUCACAGCAGCUCGGCCGUGCCAGGCGGCUGCAGUACAUCAGGGAACGAGCCGUUGAGGAGAAGAAACGCCUGUCCAUCGUGUCAAACCCAGCCAGCGAUGACAACGGCAGCCAGCGCACCAGCCAGGAAGUCCGCUUCCAGAUCUCUACUGAGGAGUCGUCCUUCAGUCCUACUCGUCCAGUACCUCAUAAGCCCCUCAAACCUGCUCUGAAAAGACCCUCUGUGGUGGAGCGACCCACUGAGCUUCCCACCAGCCCACAUGAUCAUUCGGGUAUUGCACUGAAGAACCUUUUCUGCUCCAGUCCAGACGCAGAAGCCCUGGAGAAAAACAACAACAUGGAGAGCCUAAUGUCUCCUGACAUCAGGAGGUCUUCCAAACGGGUCCGGAUAUCCGUCGUGGAGCCACCACCCGGCCUAAAGAGUUUCUCUGCGGAUGAUGGAGAUGUGGAAGAUGACAUGACCAUUAGAGAGAUUGCAGAGUGGGAAGAGAGGCAGCUUGAUGAGCAGGUCAACUUCAACAACUGCAAGAUCGACCCCGCCCCGUUCCAGCUGGUGGAGCGCACAUCACUGCAUAAGACCCACACCAUCUUCUCCCUGCUUGGCCUCGACCACGCCUACGUCACCAGCAUUGGACGACUUAUCGGGGUGGUUUCCCUUAAAGAACUCCGUAAAGCAAUUGAGGGCUCAGUGACUGUGAAAGGUGUGAAGGUGCGCCCCCCUCUGGCCAGUUUCCGGGACAGCGGCACAAGCAGCAGCGAGAACGAAACCACCGAGCUCCACAAGCUGUGGGACCGCCACAAGAGCAUGUCGCUGCCACGCAAAAGCACCCCCUCCGAGUCCGAAGAGAAGUCCCAGUAAGGGAAAAGUUGAUGCGGAAGAAGAGGAGGAGGAGGAAGAAGAUGAAGCAUUGAGGUCUUUAAUCUCCCAAAGCUACAAACAUGCAAAAAUCCUCAGGGCUCAGGAUCAAUAUUUAAUUCUGGAAAGAGUUCUACUGCUAGGCCAGCCUCCUCUUCAUCUCUUGCCUUGUCUGCUCCUCUCCCUCCUUCUCCGCUAACUCCCGUUCUUCCCGGACCACCCAGUGCUUUCUCUAGGAGCCUUGCACUGACCCAGAGAGACACUCCACCAGAGGAGUGGGAGAAAACCUGUGGCCUGCUCUCCAUUUACCCUUGGGAACCCACAGCAGAGCCAGUGUGGAUUAGGGUUACUGGGGCUGGGUUAAAAUGAAAAGGGAUUAUUUCUUUUUUCUCUCUUUUUUUUUUUUAGCAGACUUUGUUUAGCUUGUGUGUCUUCUGAUUUGGGAUCAAAGUUUCAACCUGCAGACGUAAUCCUUUGAAUUGAGUCUUCCACUUAAAGUAGAGAAAUUCAACAGUGGUGACAAGGAAGACUACUGUAAUGUGUGCAUGUGUCUUUUGAAAGCGUGUGUGAGUGAAAUGAGACGAUGUGUGUGCGCAUGAAGAGGGAGGUAGCAAAACGACUAUAUCCUAUAGGAUUUUUCUUUUUAAUUAUUACGUCUCAAGAACACAUGUCAGACGUUGUUUUCCUCAAAUGAUUUCUCUGACUGAUCAGGUGGUCUGGGUUUGACUGGAAUUUGCCAUUUCUUUAUAAAUUACACUACAGUUUGUCCAGUAGUGGACUCAUAAGGGGAGAGAUGCCUUAGCUUUUCUGUGUUUUCUUGUUUCCAUUCCCCCUCUUUGCCCCUUCACUUCGAGUCUUAAUGGUCAGGUUGAGAGCACAGCCUAUGCAAGCAGACUUGCCUGUUGGCAGCGACUGAGGCACCUGUAGCCCUUUUCAUAACGUCCUUUCAUGCUGUAGCCGCAGCCUUCACACGCACAGAGAAACACACACCAACAUUUUUACGGCGAUGCACUCGGCAAGUCAAGGUUUUCUGCUUAUCUAAAUAUAGCUUUUAAUAAGCGUUCCAGAGAGGGUUGGGGCGGAUGGAGAGGGCAGGAAGUAAGUGAGGGAGGGAGGAAGAGCAUGGAGCAAAUGGAUGGCUGAAAGAAUGAAGCCAUCAUUACCUAACCAGCUGCUCUGUGCCCUCUCAUCAGUCUGUCUUUGAGUGCCAUGUUAGUUUGUAUCAGAGACAUAACCCCAACAGAUAGACGGCGUGGUGGUUCACAGGGUGAGGCGCACGGUGCAAGAGUGCCCAAUGAUGACGUGCGGGCAUGUGGGAACCAUGACAAACCAUGUAGUAGUAACAUUAUUUAUUAGAAAGCACUAAAGAAAAUAUAUAAGUGACCAGCAGAGAGCAUUCACAGAUUUAGUUUAAUCAUUCAUUCCAGUUAAUUUACCAGUCCCAUCACAAACUUCAUCACCAUUGGAGAAAGUUCUGAGUACUCGUCAGCUUACCUGUAUCAAAUUUGGCUGAUCUCAACUUCAAGGUUAUCUUCUCGGGCACCACUGGACCGUUUUCACCAGUGCAGUUCAUAUAAAUUACAAUGCCUGAGAAGAUGGUUCAUUGACGUGAGACCUGCCUAGCUUUAAAAUGAGUUAGUUUGAUCACACCUCGUGUUAAACCAGAAACCUGACGCGUCAAUGUUUUAACUGCAGCAAGGUUUUAGAUAUCUGACACGACAGAUAACGAUAAAGUACUUUGAGUUUAAUAAUUCAUGUCUGCCAUAAUGCUCCAGGCUCAGCUGCUCAUCAACAGUAAAACACUGAUCUGGUUUGCCUAGCGUCUAACCAUCUUUUCUUUAUAUUUGUUACUUAUUUUUGACUACUGACUAACACGUCUUUUAAAGACACACUCCUUUUUUUUUUCUUUUUUUUUACUGACACUACUUCCUGCAGAAUUAGCCCUGAAUGCCUUAAAAAUGCACUCACACACAGACACACACAUAUCCCUCCAAGUUCACUUCUGUGCGAUGUGUUGCAUGGAUUUUAGUUUAUCGGGUGGUGUCUUGUCUUGCUGCGCCCACCUCCCCCCAUGAAUUGAAAAUGCUCACAGCGACAUAGCAGCAUGCCUUUGCAUGAGAGAGAGUGCAUGUGGGGCGAGUUUUCUGUGAACAUAACGUACCAAAAAAAAACCCCAAAAUCAAAAGCUUGACAGGAAUGAAUAUGGAUGGAGUGAAUGAGGUUUGCCAUCAUGUGCCUGUGAUUUUUGUUCUCUUCGAUGGCAUCUUCCACUCAUCCAGCGAGCUUUAUUCAGCCCCUGAUUUUAACCCGGGAUGGGGUGGGGGGGAUUUUUGGGUUAGCGCAUUUCUACUUAAAGAUUAAUAUAUUUAAUGUCAUUCCUGUAAUAUAAAAUCAUAAUUUAAUGUCUUAACCAAUCAUGACUUGUUGGAAGGAAAUUUGGGGCUUGUUUUAUAUUUGUCGCAUUAUGUUGAUUUUAAAGUUGAUUUCUUUUUGUUGUUGUUUUUUUCCUUUUUCUAAUGCAAAUUUUAACAUGAUGUUGGAUAUAUUUGUAUUAUUAUAGACUUUUUUUUGUCUUUUUUGUAAAAUGCAAAUAACACUAACUGGGGGACUCGAUGCCUGCCCGAUGGCGGGAAAAAUGGAAGAAAUGUAAUCACGAAGCCAUGAGACGUUAAUGUGGAAGCGACCAGCAUGCGGUCCGCUGUUGACAUGUUCAUUUCACAAGUGCCUCCUCUUCUUUAUCAGCAGAAAUAAGAAAUCGACGGGGUGUGUGUGUGUGCGUGUGUAUGACCAGAGAACCUGCUCUGCACACACAAACAGACACGCAAAUACAGUAUGGGAGUGGGGUGGGUGAGGUUUCAGAGCAAGUGUGUGCACUUAUCUCUAUGGAAACCUGCCCCCCCAUCCCCAUUACAGCUUGCCUGUGUGGGGGGGACAAGUGACUGAGAUCCACUGAUUUGGUUCUUUUCAUUUGUUUGCGCUUUUCAUCGAUUUUCAUUGUUCCAGCUCCUGCCGUAGCCUUCCUCGUCUCCGCCGACAUUUUCACUGCGUUUCAUCUCAUUUUGCUAGCAGGCGGACCCAGGCCCAGCUACAUGCAUAUUUAUUAGUCGCACUAAUCAGAGUACAAGUAGUACUUUUCUUCUCCCCCCCCCCCCAUUUUUUCUUUUGUUUUUUUAUGGUUGAUCUACUUGUGGUAAUCAAUUUGUGCAAUAACAGUGGUUCAUCUCACUUUGUAACCCAGUUUGAAUCAAUGGCGUGAAUGCGGGAUAACCUUAUUUUUGUAAAGAAAUCUGAAAAGUGUAAAAACAUGUACGUGUAGGCAGAGAAGCUACUCUCGCACAGGAGCUACUGUGUGAUGAAGUGACGAUGGAAUUAGGGGGGUUGUAACGAUCCUGAAACUGACACAAAGAUCCAGAAUCUUCCAUGUUCAUGUACCAUGAUGCCACUGUGGAGCAGUUAACUUUUUAACAUCCACUGAGUCACUGGGGACUUAUCUAGGUUUGGGUUUGGUUUAGUUUUAGCCACAUGCUUAAAAAAGUUCCAUUUCAAUUGAGGCAUUGAGGAAUUGCCACUACAGUGUUUUUUAAAAAAGCGUUUGCAUUUGGGUGUUUCAAACAGGUAAGAAGAUUUAAAAGAGGUGGAUGUUAACCUAACCCUAACCCUACAUGAUUCACCAGUGACCUGUGGAUGUUGAUGCCUGGUUAAAGCACUUAGUCAGGUGAUUGCUGUAACAUUAGGCAUGAGAAUAAUGGACUUUUUGCUUUGGAGAACAAAUGAUGGUUUAAAGCAAAGGUUUCCCAGAAGCUGCCAUGAAAGCUCACUAGAAUCUGUGUUCAAAUAUUAAAGUAACUGUUCACACCUUUAGGUCGUAGAAGGAAAAUGGGUUUGACACCUUAUUUGGCUUUUGGGAAACCUUUACCUUAAACAUUAGCUGUCGCUGACAUACAAGCGCCUACCCCAGAUCCACCCUGAUAAAACAGGCUCUGGGGAAAGUUUUAUUAUGUGCCCCUCUGUCCUCUCCUUCAGUCUGAGAGGCUUUGAUAAGACCCCAAUCCCCCAUUAGCUGAUGAGGAUCUUUUAUCCACUCCUAAGGGACUGUACAUACUGGAGGCCUCCACUACAGCAAACCCCCGAGGGCCAAACCAGACCGAGCUGAACAAAAUCCAGAGCUAUUUUUCGCACCGAAAAAAAAAGAAACAUUGUUUUUGUAUAUCAGUGAUGAAUAAAUGAGAUUUUAACAAACGUG